GAGGAACUCAUAAAAAUAAUGCGAUUCGUGAACCAAAAUUCAAAAUUGCACAACAUUUAGUUAAUUGACUAAAUGGCGGACGCACAUUAAUUAAACAAUUCAUUGAAAAUGUCAAAAUACUACAGCGUGUGGGCAAUCGAGACCGGGUGCUAAAUGUUGUCGCUCUGACGUGCGUGAGUCACGACUGAGGCGUGAUUGAGGGCGAUUAAGUCGAUGCGCUCUCCAUCUCUCUUUCUCGACGAUGCUCGGAAUGUGUUUGGCAUUGGAAAAUCAUUUGACGACUAUUUUGGAUUUGCUUCAAAAUUCUAGAUCAACAAAAUUUUUUGCCUGCCAGAGACACACGAGAAACGCAAUUAAUUGCUUAGCAGCCUAGGCCGGAUAGGGAACAUCCUGCUUGACAACUUACACAAUAAUACCCAUUUUCGAAAUUAUUCCAAAUGUCCUCGAGUAGGAAUCGCGAGAGGAGACGCGAAGGUGCGACGGGUGGUGAGAGAGGGGGGCGGCUAGACCAGAAACGCAGCGACACUAGCACUAGAUCCCGAAAUAGCACUUCACAGAGCAGAGAUCGGAAUCGGGACUCGCGUGAUCGGGAUAGAGAUGCACGCAAUCGUCCGCGUUCCUCCAGAGAUGUACACGAUGCGGAAGAUUCUCCCUACACCACGGAAGGCGGCGCGACACUAUUGACCAACGACUUUCUGCUGAUGCUGGAAUUGUCGCCACUGCCGGAGGAGGCAUUUGCCCGGAACACGCUCGAGUACAGACAGGCCUGGCUCUGGCUGAACAAGCUGAGUACCCUGAGCUGCAACACAUUGUAUGAGCGACGCAUGCGCAACAUGUACAUGAGCCAUCUGAGUGUCUGCCUCAACCAAAAGCGACUGUAUGGAAUCUUUUUGCAGGUGCCGCCCAUAGAGCUGGAAUGGGUGGACUUUACGGAGACCACUGCGGCGCAGGCAGUGUCGCGCUCCAUGGCACUGGCUGGCUCCAUGAUGGCUGGCAAUAUGACGCAGCACCAACAGCCGAGCAUGAACAUGGGAAUGGACUCGUGCUACAAUCAGCCCCAGAUGCCGCAACAGCAGCAGAGUAAUCUUUAUUCUGGUGGCCCUGCCAUGGAUAGCAGAGCAUCAAUGCCAUGUGGCCCUGAAAUGAUGGGCGCGCCCAGCUCCUUCUAUUUGUCCGACAAUUUCCGUUACACGGGCGGUGAGGCGGACAGCAAAGCCAACACGAAUAAAUCGCCCGAUUCCAAUGCUGAGAAGAUGCAGCCCAGGCAGGGUCGACGAAAACAUCAGAGAUAUAUGCUAACCAGUUCCAGCGACAACUUGACGGACUCACAGAUUCGCUCGAGAUCCUCGCCACCUAAAUUACGCGACACCUACAAGACCCGAGACUUUUCGAAGCUGCAGCAGACAAAGACACGAGAGUCGAGAGAACCACAGCAUCCAUUCGAGACGCGGGAAUCAUCCAGGGCUCGUGAGAGACUCACGACACGAUCACCAUCCCCACCCUGGAAUGAUAAGAUGCUUCAAUUAUUUGGACCGCGGUUUCCCACUGAUGAAGAGGUCGCCAAACGAACUCCAGAGGAGCGGCAAAGGCGCUGCGAUAUGCGUUACUUAUUGGAAUUGGUAAGGUCGGAGUUGCGCGGCCAUAUCGGGCCGGAAAACUGCUUUUUGGAGUACGAAGUGGAGCGGUAUCGUAAGUUCUAUGAAGAACAUAAGCACGAAGAAAACCAAUUCAAGGCCCACAUGGGCUCGAAUGAGAAUGACGAACGUGUGUUUUUGCUGCUGAACAUGCAGAACGAUUUGAUCAAGCUGUUGUCGGAACGAGAUUAAUGUACUCUAAACCUUAUUAUACACUAUAUGUAAUGUUUGUUAGUAAUGCUUUGGAACCCAAUUCUACAAUAAUUUUCAAACGAUUGGGGUUGCCUAAUAAAUAAAACGAAUACUUGAUUAAAAUAA